AUGUCACUCCCGGAUAAGAGACCAACGUGUCAGUGUCCAAAAAGUUACUCUCUAGUUAAUCCUGAUGAUCCAUAUGGUAGCUGCAAGCCAGAUUUUAUACAAGGAUGUGAAGAAGAUGAACUGAGUAAAAGAAAGGAUCUCUAUGACUUUGAGGUUUUGAUUAACACUGAUUGGCCUUUCUCAGAUUUUGUGCUUCAAAGGCCUUUUACUGAAGAACUGUGUAAAGAAGCUUGUAUGGGAGAUUGCAUGUGUUCUGUGGCUAUUUUCAGCUCUGCUAUUCUCAAUGCUGUAUUGCUUGUAGCAAUAUGUUUCAGCACCUCCAUGAUUGUUCAGUACAAGAAGAAGCUUAGAAGAGUUAGCAGAAGUGAAACUAGUGUUGAAACCAAUUUGCAUUGCUUCACUUACGAAGAUCUUGAAGAAGCUACUAAUGGAUUUGACAAAGAGCUAGGAAGGGGAGCUUUUGGUAUAGUUUAUGAAGGAGUCGUCAACAACAACACAUGUUCCGAAACUCGUGUGGCUGUGAAAAAGUUGAACAAUUUUUUGUUGGAUCAAGCUCAUAGAGAAUUCAGGAAUGAACUGAAUGUCAUUGGUCUCACUCAUCACAAGAACUUAGUUCGUUUACUUGGAUUUUGUGAGGGUGGAAGUGAAAGAUUGCUUGUUUAUGAGUACAUGAGCAAUGGCACUUUGGCAAGUUUACUUUUCAAUGCUGAUGAGAAACAGAAACCAAGUUGGAAACUAAGGCUUGAACUUGCAAUAGGAAUAGCAAAAGGACUUGUGUAUUUACAUGAAGAGUGCAUUACUAGGAUCAUCCACUGUGACAUAAAGCCUCAAAAUAUACUUCUUGAUGAUUACUUCAAUGCAAGAAUUUCUGACUUUGGACUAGCCAAAUUGAUGAACAUGAAUCAAAGCAAAACCAACACUGGCAUUAGGGGAACAAAAGGGUAUGUUGCACUUGAAUGGUUUAAGAACAUGCCUAUCACAGCUCAAGUGGAUGUGUAUAGUUAUGGAGUAGUGCUACUUGAGAUUAUUUCAUGUAGAAGAUGUGUUCAAGAAAUGGAACAAGAAGAUGAAGAGAAAGCAAUAUUAACUGACUGGGCUUAUGAUUGCUACAAGGAUGGUGCUGUAGAUGAAUUGGUUGAGGGUGACAAUGAGGCAUUGGAUGAUAAAGAAAAGUUGGAGAAAUUGGUAAUGAUUGCAAUUUGGUGUGUUCAAGAGGAUCCAGUUCUUAGACCAAGCAUGAGAAAUGUGAUACAUAUGCUUGAAGGUACUGUUGAAGUGCAAGUUCCACCAUACCCCUCACAAAUUAGUAUUCAAUAUUCUCUAAUUUAA